AUGGCUGGCGACAAACCUCUUGCAGAACGGAUUGCGGCACUCCAGCGGAAGAAUACCCCACCCCAGUCGAGCCCACAAAAACCCAACCAACUGGGACUCAGGCGGCCCAGCGGCGAUGGGUUAAAGGAUCGAAUUGCGCGUUUCGAGGCGGCCGGUGGGAUGCCCGUGCCCAAGGCUGGCGCCAGUUUUGGACUGGCGGCACCCGUGUCUUCUGAUCGCAAAACCAGCCGUGAGCUCAUCGGCAACCGAAUUCCCAGCGCUGGUCGCUUCUACCUGCCUCGGAGUAGGUCGGCAUCCCCUACCACUGACAUGGACACCUCGCCAAGUCGAUCAAGUUCCCCGGAGGUGUUAUGGAAUGAUAUAAAGGGGGACUUGCACGGCCUAGUGGCCGAUGGAUAUGGCGAUCGUGAACGAGUAACGUUCCCAGCCUCCGGCCCACGUCCGGCGCUGGAGAACGACGGACUCCCGGCUAGCCUCUUACACAAGUCCGACAACGUUGUUCAUUUAAAACACAACGAGGUGCCAGCUAUACUGCUCAGCGGCCCCUACGACCGGUCAGUUGCCAGUGGAAUACUACGCGACACUGAAGGGCCUGACAAGCCUACCCAAGAUACCGAACUUGUCACAGAGGGCCACGAACUAUCAUCUUCAGACGUGGACAGUCCCACCACGCCACGUGAAAAUCCGGCGGAAGUUCAGACAUCACACAAUGCAAUUUUAGACGGCGGCCCUUCUCUAGUUUCUGCAAGCAUAAAUACCCCCAUCAUGCCUGAUUUUUCGAAGCCCGAUCACGUUGGGAGCGAUCUGCAAACAGGACAUUCUGAUUCACAAUUGGGAUGCAAGUUGAAGAAAGAAGAAUUUGGUGACUCCGACCGGGAAUGUUCGCAAGAUCCAGUGCCUACUUGCCACGAUACUGGCGUGCUGUCAGCAAUGGCUCCUCCGAUCGAAAACGCAUGCGGAGAGCAAGCGUGCGGUUCAGAAGACAAGAAGGUGAUUCCACCGGUACCAGUAUUGAGGGCCACUUCUGUUCAGGUACAACUUCCAACUCCCCCGGUGGAAUUCCCCUCCAUCAACGGGGUGACCAACCCCAGUUCGCCGUCGAGAAGCCCGACCAAGGUUGGCGCUACACUAGAUCUACGAACGUCUUCACCCACCGAAACAACGUUAGAGCGUUCCAUUUCUAUGGAAACGGAAAUCCACAAUUUCAUUCUCAUGUGUCAUGGUUUCAGCAUCCUUCUUGAGGGGAGCGAUCACUGGGUAUACGAACUGCAACGCUCUGUUAUCGAUCGGCAGACACCAAUUAGUGCAAGCAUCACAGACCUUAUCGUUAUACUCAUGCAUUACUUCCGAAGCGAGGAUUUGACGGUCAUGUAG